GUAAAAUGGAUUAUUUGAUCAUGGCAAUCACAAUCAAUACCUUCAUAAGUUAAUGGUAAAUUUUAAAGAUUAUUUGAAAAGUUUGUGUUUGUGAAAACUGAGGUGUAAUUAACUUCAUGUGAAGUUGAUAGCUAAGAAAUGAUUUGACAGGUUUGACUAGAUUAUCAUCUAACGGUUCUCAACUAUCAACUUCACGUGAAGUCAAUUGCACCUGAAUUUCCAUCCUUUUAGAUUGAGACAUGAGAGUUGAAAGCAAUGAGCAGCCAACUGUACUGUGAUCCCAAUAAAACUACCAAAUCAAAUCUCCAUGAGACAUAGACCACCAUUCAUGGGCCAUUUUUGUAUCUCUAUUUACUUAGUUUUGGUCUUCUAACUUCUAAGCAUGCUUAUUCAAUAAAACUCAUCAGGUAUAUAAAAUAAUUUAAAGUCAAUAAUGAAAUAAACUAAAAUGUCCAAAUAUCAUAGAUUUUUAUUUAUUUAUUUUGAUAAUAAUAAUGAGAGGGUGAAGUCAAUGAAAUAUACUAGCACUAGGCCAUUAAUUUAGUACAGGCGUGCCUCAAAAAUUAAAGUAGGUUUUUGUUUGAACCAUGAACCAUGAAAGGACACAUUAUUCUAAGAAGUUUCACAUUACCCGACAAGCUUGGUAUCUUGGAUGCAGAUCAUUUCAUUUGAAUAAUCCAACAUUUGCAAUCUACAUGAUUCCAUACUAGAAUUUGUUCUAAACACUCUUCUUCUAAUUAUUCCAAUACACCAAACAUGGCCUCAAUAAAGGAUAUACAAUUCAACUACAAAAUCCAAUUAUGAAUUAAUAGUAUAUUUUUGCAUGCACCUAAGAGCCAAUAUGUGUUGACUUUUGAGUCACUCUCUCCAUAAAAUUCUGCUGGCUAUAACUUAGGAGUGAAAAAAAAUGUAACAUCACUUUCUUCAAAUAGAGGAAAUGAAUUAAUUAAAAUGAACAAAUUGUGAUUUCCAAUUAUAAGAAUCAUCCAACACUUUUUAUUUUCUUUCUAUAUUGGUAUCUAUCUCCUUAAUAAAAUGAAGCUAAAGAGAAGUUUUCUGUUGUUCUUUUUGUUGUUGGAGUGUUCUUGUUUCAUCAAUUUAGAAUCAAAGUGUUUAAAGGGUUGUGAUUUAGCUAUAGCUUCAUACUUUGUAUACCCUGGAGUUAUGCUUGGUAGCAUUGCAUCCUUUAUGCAUUCAAAUGUUGUGCCAAACUCUAAUGUUAUCAUUAGCUACAAUAAGGACAAAAUGCCCAAUAAUCUACCAGUAUCCUUCUCCAGAAUCAAUAUUCCAUUCCCUUGUGAUUGCAUCAAUGGUGAGUUCUUGGGGCAUGUGUUUGAGUACUCAGCUAUUGAAGGUGACACCUAUGAUCUCAUUGCAAACUUGAGAUAUUCUGAUCUUACCACAGUUGAGAUUUUGCAAAGGUUCAACAACUAUGAUCCUAAUCAUGUACCUGUUAAUGCUAAGGUUAAUGUCACUGUCAAUUGUUCUUGUGGGAACAGCAAUGUUUCAAAGGAUUAUGGUUUGUUUGUUACAUUCCCUCUUAGUGAAGGUAAUACUUUGCUGCAAAUUGCAAAUCAGACUAAACUUGAUCCUAAGUUGCUGCAGAGUUAUAAUCCAGGUGUCAACUUCAACCAAACUAGAGGGAUAGUUUUCAUUCCAGCAAGAGAUCAAAAUGGAGUCUAUGUUCCCUUGUAUCCUAGAACAGGUCUAGCUAAGGGUGUUGCUGUUGGAAUAUCUAUAGCUGGAACAAGUGGGGUUCUGCUAUUAUUAAUUUGUGCUUGUGUUAGAUAUUUCCAGAAGAAGGAAGAAGAAAAAAUUAAAUUGCCAACAGAAGAUUUUAUAUCAAGUUCAACCCAAGAUGCAUCUAGCAGUGGUGAAUAUGAAACUUCAGGAUCCACAGCUGCUAGUGCUUCUGGCCUUCCGGCGAUUAUGGCGGCAAAAUCAAUGGAAUUCUCUUAUCAAGAACUAUCUAAGGCUACAAAUAACUUCAGCUCUGAUAACAAAAUUGGUCAGGGUGGAUUCGGAGCUGUCUAUUUUGCAGAAUUGAGAGGCCAAAAAGCAGCAAUUAAGAAGAUGGAUGUUCAAGCAUCAACAGAGUUUCUUUCAGAGUUGAAGGUCUUAACACAUGUUCAUCACUUGAAUCUGGUGCGUUUGAUUGGAUAUUGCGUCGAGGGAUCUCUUUUCCUUGUGUAUGAAUACAUUGAAAAUGGAAACUUAGGCCAAUAUUUGCAUGGUACAGGGAGAGAACCUUUGGCAUGGUUAACAAGGGUGCAAAUUGCUCUGGAUUCAGCAAGAGGACUUGAAUAUAUACAUGAACACACUGUUCCUGUUUAUAUCCACCGUGAUGUGAAACCUGCUAACAUAUUAAUAGAUAAAGACUUCCGUGGAAAGGUUGCAGAUUUUGGGCUAACUAAACUUAGGGAAGUUGGAAGCUCUUUAUCACUUCAUACUCGUCUUGUGGGAACAUUUGGAUACAUGCCUCCAGAAUAUGCACAAUAUGGAGAUGUUUCUCCAAAAGUAGAUGUAUAUGCUUUUGGAGUUGUACUUUAUGAACUGAUUUCAGCCAAGAAUGCUGUUCUGAAGACAGGUGAAACCGUUGCUGAAUCAUCAAAGGGCCUUGUAACUUUGUUUGAGGAAGCACUUGAUAAGAGUGAUCCUUCAAAAGCCAUUCGAAAAUUGGUGGAUCCUAGGCUUGGUGAGAACUAUUCAAUUGACUCAGUUCUCAAGGUUGCGGAACUUGGGAGAGCAUGCACAAGAGAUAAUCCACUACUACGCCCUAGUAUGAGAUCUGUGGUUGUGGCUCUUAUGACACUACUCGCAUCAUCAACAUCCAUUGAGAAUUGUGAUGAUGAUGAUGAUGAUGAUGAUGAUGAUGAUAAUUCCUAUGAAAAUCGAACUCUCAUAGAUCAAUUGUCAGUCAGAUGAAUCAUGAUUUGGUGUGUACAGUUAGAGUUGUAUGCGGACUCGGAGAAAACUAAGAUUUGUGUAUGAGAAUGAUGAAGAAACCUUUUUCGUUUUUAUUUCUUAAUUAAUUAACUAUUUGUUUUA